CCGUAUGAAUGGGAUAACGUUACAGCUAUGGCGAGGAUAGUUUAGCAACAAAACGACUAGUUAAUUUUAGGGAAAAGAUCUUGGUUUGGAUUAAAACACUCACGAGGAACAAACACGCGUUUCCUGGGUUAAAGUAUUUAAAAAAAAUACAGGACUAUAUUAGCCUAGAUUUUGCUUAACUUCCGGCGUUAGCUGUAUCCCUUUUAGCCACAAUCAUAGCUAAUAUAAUAACGUUACGCCAAAUAAAACCUAACUGAAGGCAGUCUUGUUUAGAGCUACAAAAACGUACCGUCCACACCAAAAGCCUUGUCUUUUGUCCAAACGACGAACUUUGUCAUCGUGUCCUCCUCGAAACCUUUAAGAUUCUGAUCAAAACACCCAUUCGAGGGGAAUCGUUUACAACCACCGGUCGCCAUUAGUGUUUAGAAUUCGCGGGAUUUUGCGAGAUUUGCGUCACUUCCCGCCUAUUAGAGACAGACGCUCACACCAACCACGAUAUAAACUGUAGUUUGAAUGUCUUUAAAGCAUUUGAUUGUACAACCCGUUCUUAUUAUACACCCAUGUACACAAUACGCACAGCCUGGGAAAAACCUUGCCUUGCAGACUGAAUGCAGGGUAAAAACAAACCUAUGACAUAUAAUCUCGCGAGAAGAGUUGUUGUGGUGGCGCGAAUUAACAAGGAUUCUCAGACACACAGAGCUCAGUAGCUGGUGGACGUUUCUUCGGUAAACUUUUUCUAAACUACUCCGUGUGAAACGCUUAUAACGUUACAUUUUACUUUUUAGUUCAGCAUACAGGUCGCGUUCCGGUUAACGUUGUCUGUUUGCUUCGUGACCGAAAAGUAUGUCGGACGCUUUGUCUGAUGCCGGCAGCGACGUCAACCAAGAUGACGCUCAGGAGGAUGUUAUGACCCCGGCGGAGCUGAUAGCCAAACUGGAAGAAGCUUGGCUGAAUGAGAAGUUCUCCCCGGAGCUGCUGGAGAACAAAUCGGAGGUGGUGGAGUGUGUGAUGGAGCAGCUGAGCCACAUGGACGCCAACUUGCAGCGGGUGAAGAAAGGCGACGCGAAGGCCAGCAUCCAUCGCAUGGAGAUCGACAGGAUUCGCUUCGUGCUCAGCAGCUACCUGCGCUCUCGUCUGAGGAAGAUUGAGAAGUUUUUCCCGCAUGUCCUGGAGAGAGAAAAGUCUCGAGGGGAGGGAGAUCCGUCGCUGCUUUCACCCGAGGAGUUUGCCUUUGCCAAAGAGUACUAUGCGAACACAGAAACCUACCUGAAGGCUGUAGCACUGAAGCGCAUGCCGCCCAACCUGCAGACGGUGGAUAUGCUCAAAGCAGUGCCUGAGCCCUGCCUGGACUCGUUUGUGUUUCUUCGAGUGAAGGACAGACAGGAAAACAUCUUGGUCGAGCCUGAAACCGACGAUCAGAGAGAGUACGUUGUAGAUCUGGAAGAGGGCUCUCAACAUCUGAUGCGGUAUCGAACGAUCGCACCGCUUGUUUCCAGCGGAGCUGUGCAGUUGAUCUGAACGUUGAGGUCUGUCUGUUGCUGUGGAUGUGCUUGGCUCCCGGAGGUCAGAAAAAUGAGCAGUGACCUAUUUUUGUAAUAUGAGGAACAUUAACCUGCAGAGAUUACAUCUGGGAAUGCACCCAUCUUCCUCACCCUUGUCGGGAUUAAGGACAAACUCGUGGGACACUAACGCUGCCGUUAGCGGCUGCAUGUCUUCCAGUUACAAGUUACUCUGGAAAAAUAACCGCAAACAUCACUCAUAUCGUCAGAAGUGUUUGCUGACGAAUGAACCCUGUUCACCAAAGCAGCGUUCGCAGAGCUGCGGUGUUAUUUUUGGCUCUUUUUAAUCAUGUCACAGCAUUAGUUUGGUUACAUAAUCAUAAUGUAUUCUGAUGUGUUGGUGUCUGUGAGGUUGCUAAAGAAAAGUUUAAUCUGCUGA